AUGACCAGCACACAGUCGCCUUCUCAGGAAGGGCACAAUGAGGGCAUUGUGCCUGAACAGAACACUUCCCAGUUUUUCCAUGUAGAUUAUCCAGUCGACCCAUUAUUGGCAUUCAAUGACUUGGGGGGUGUAGACUAUGCUUCAACAGGAACGACUACUCCGCCUGCCUUUUCCUUCAACGAAUCUCUUGAGCAGAAUACGGCAGACUGGGACAUGCCCCGUCACACUAACAGUCAAGGGACUUCUGCGCUCGAGCAUUCUGGGAUGACUGGGGAGUUCCAGGCAACCGAUCCGACCUCGAUCCAGCCUUGGGCUAUGGUUCUUGCUCCUAUGACCCCACCAUCCAAUGGUAUUUCCUCAGGAAUAGACCAAAGCAGCGACAGCUGGGCAAUAAUGACUACUUCAUCCAAUGGAGAAGUAUCGCAUUGGAACAGCUCAGCGCAAUCUCGUGGCGGCCGCAACUCGAGCUCGUUGCAUCCGUCGAAUGCAACGACCACUUCGGAGGGAUGGCCGACGCCUAACAGCGGCAGCGGCAACGUAUCUGCGAGAGGAGAUCCUUCCAAGGAGCCACCUUAUGGUAAACAAGCUGAACAUCCAGGGACAUCGCAGGCUGUGGUUCUCACACAGCGCCUGCUAGCUCCGAGCAGUGCCCCUUACUAUAGCCCUCCAAACGACGCAACAGAAAUCGCGCGAACUGCGCCAGCGUCUUCUGCUACCCAGGAGAGACCGCCUUAUACGCCACCAACGCUUCUACCAAAAAGGAAGAGGAAGGGCCCUUAUACAGAAGAGACAAGAGAUCGUGUCAGGAGGGUUAGAGAUGCACGCUGUUGCAUACGCUGCAGAAUGCACAAAUCACGUUGCGAUGAUGAGGCUGAUUGCCUUAGCUGUGCGCAAGGCAGCGCAAAACUCGAAUGGCCACCCUGCUCUAGAGCCGGCUUCGAGGGCGUCAUCGCCUUCAGAGCAGGCAACAGUCGAGCGGGCAAAUCAAGAUACGAACUGAUUCGGCCAGCUGAUUGGCCAUCUAUGAGGAAAGGUAUAAAUUCUGGGCUCGAAUGGGCUCCGGGAUCCUCCGUGCAAACCGUGUGGAUCUGCUACCCUUUUCGUGGGGCUACGGACUCGUCAGAGACGGCUAUGCCGAUUGGCGUGCGGAGAUUUAAGCCGUCCGUGUACCAAGUGCUGGAGGAGCCCUGGGAGUGUCCAGAUGGUCAAGUCGUGCCGCUGAGAUCUGAACCUUAUGCCUGCGUGAUCAAUAAAGAUAAUCAAUCGGACCUGGCCAAGUACGUCGAGAGGUGGAAAGACGCUCUGCUGGCCGAGGCGAUAGAUCAGCUGAAAGAUCGUCUCAUCCGGGAGCACUAUCAUGAAGCCGUUCGCUUCUCACGUGAAUGGGAGAGAGCUAGAGCAAACAGUGAGAAAGAUCAGCCUUGCGCAGUCACCUUUGCUCUGAACAUUCAAGCGGCCGCAUACUUCUCCUGCACUCGGAUGGUUGAAAAGGACUCUGGUGGACUCAAGCUUCGCAUGAACGAUGAGAAUCGAAUGAAAUUGAACGGCAUGUUCCCGAUAUCCGCUCAUAUCGACAUGCAGAUUGAUCUUAUGGCCAUCCAGUACAUGCUGCAGCAAAUGGACCAUAUCAAUACUCGUCUCAAAAAGGCCAUUUUUGUCAAGGAGAACUACUGCAAUUGGUAUGAGAUCUAUUUAACCUCGUUCCUCCUUCUCUGUAGCUUGGAGACCGUCCAUAAGCGCCAGACCCAAAUUGUCAAGCGAUUUGAAUCGUCGGAGAACCCAGGUAAACAUGCCUCCGUUCUGGAGAAGAGCAACGACAUGCUUCGAGAUUGGCAGAAAUCGGCAGUUGUAAUCCUGCAUCAUUGGCGAGCCGUCCUGAGAGGCCAGCUCAAGUUUGCGAACCCAUGGAACGAUGAGGACAGAAAUAGGUUGCGCAAAAGCUUCAAGCUGGACGACGAGGCGGUCAAAGCAAUGGACCAGCUUAACAACAUGAUACAAAAACGGAAAGAUGAGCUUAGGGAAGCCGCGAAGCUCGAGCUGGAUAACAAGGAGGCGCGGCCGAUGGCAUGGUUGUCACAUUUGUGGGUGGAAGACUACACAUGUGUACCUACAUUAUCUCCGAGAGCUGCAUGA